UUAUCAGGACAUCGCUUCAAGAUGAAGGACUACAAGGUCAUUGAGAGAGUCACCAAUGAAACAGAGAAAGCACUCCUACUCAGAAGACUCAUAUUAUCUUGUAAUAAAGACCUCUUACUAGGUUGCUCUGCAAGCAUAGAAUUGGGUCGAAAUGGUGAUGUGCUAAAGGUCUUCAAAUUCGACGACCACCACAAUCAUGAUGUUAUGGAAAACACUUGUUUUCCUUCUUUUAUCAAAGCUUCCCAGGAAUCUUUCGGUAGGUGCCAAAACGGAUAUGUGCGCAAAGUCUUCUCCUACCCAAGUGUUGGUAGAAAAGUAAUUUAUGAUCAAUGCGCGCAGAAGUUCUGCACUUCCUACUAUUCACUCCUUCAAAAGGGGUCCAACCUCCGCAUCAUUCGCGGUGACCCAUCUCACGUUCAUGGUGCGGAAAGUCCAAUCGGUGAACAGCAUGAAGAAAUUAAACCAAGGAAUGUGGAAUUUAACUACUACAUUUUCUUUGAAAAAGCAUUAGAUGUUAUUGGAAAUGGAUUGAUGGCGAAGGACGAGCAGGAGAUAGAAAUGGCUGCAACUGAAUUUAUUGUUCUCCUCUACAAAUUCGCUGACUAUUUUUAA